AUGGUAAUAACCUGUCUAGGCUAUGAAGCACAGAUCUCAAAUCUUGGUUUCCUACAACAGACAACUUCUAAAACAAAAAAAUUAUUUCAGUUCAACAACGCUAAACGAUGUCAGGAAAGUGGGACGGACUUUGAUGCUAUUGGGCCUUCAGAUGGAGGCUUACAACACCUUCAGAAGACCAACAACAUCAAGGAGGCUUCACAACACCUCCAGGAAGACCAACAACAUCAAGGAGGCUUCACAACACCUUCAGGAGACCAACAACAUCAAGGGAGGCUUCACAACACCUCCAGGAAGACCAACAACAUCAAGGAGGCUUCUACACCUUCAGGAAGACCAACAACAUCAAGGAGGCUUCACAACACCUCAGGAAGACCAACAACAUCAAGGAGGCUUCACAACACCUUCAGGAAGACCAACACCAUCAGGAGGCUUCUACAACACCUCCAGGCUUCAGGAGACCAACAACAUCAAGGAGGCUUCACCUUAGACCAACAACAUCAAGGAGGCUUCACCUUCAGGAAGACCAACACCAUCAAGGAGGCUUCACAACACCUCCAGGAAGACCAACAACAUCAAGGAGGCUUCUACGAACACCUUCAGGGAGACCAACAACAUCAAGGAGGCUACAACACCUCCAGGAAGACCAACAACAUCAAGGAGGCUUCACAACCUUCAGGAAGACCAACAACAUCAAGGGAGGCUUCACAACACCUCCAGGAAGACCAACAACAUCAAGGAGGCUUCACAACACCUUCAGGAAGACCAACACCAUCAAGGAGGCCACAACACCUCCAGGAAGACCAACAACAUCAAGGAGGCUUCUACAACACCUUCAGGGAGACCAACAACAUCAAGGACAACACCUCCAGGAAGACCAACAACAUCAAGGAGGCUUCAGGAAGACCAUCAAGGACACCUCCAGGAAGACCAACAACAUCAAGGAGGUUUCACAACACCUCCAGGAAUACCAACAACAUCAAGGAGGCUUCUGACACCUCCAGGAAGACCAACACCAUCAAGGAGGCUUCACAACACCUCCAGGAAGACCAACACCAUCAAGGAGGCUUCACAACACCUCCAGGAAGACCAACACCAUCAAGGAGGCUUACAACACCUCCAGGAAGACCACAACAUCAAGGAGGUUUCACAACACCCCAGGAAGACCAACAACAUCAAGGAGGCUUCACAACACCUCCAGACCAGACCACAUCAAGGAGGUUUCACAACACCUCCAGGAAGACCAACAACAUCAAGGAGGCUUCCAACACCUUCAGGAAGACCAACAACAUCAAGGAGGCUUCACAGCACCUCCAGGAAGACCAACAACAUCAAGGGAGGCUUCACAACACCUCCAGGAAGACAUCAAGGGGCUUCACAACACCUCCAGGAAGGAGGCUUCACAACACCUCCAGGAAGACCAACACCAUCAAGGAGGCUUCACAACACCUUCAGGAAGACCAACACCAUCAAGGAGGCUUCACAACACCUCCAGGAAGACCAACAACAUCAAGGAGGCUUCACAACACCUUCAGGGAGACCAACAACAUCAAGGAGGCUUCACAACACCUUCAGGAAGACCAACAACAUCAAGGAGGCUUCACAACACCUUCAGGAAGACCAACACCAUCAAGGAGGCUUCACAACACCUCCAGGAAGACCAACAACAUCAAGGAGGCUUCACAACACCUUCAGGAAGACCAACAACAUCAAGGAGGCUUCACAACACCUCCAGGAAGACCAACAACAUCAAGGAGGCUUCACAACACCUUCAGGAAGACCAACAACAUCAAGGAGGUUUACAACACCUCCAGGAAGACCAACAACAUCAAGGAGGCUUCACAACACCUUCAGGAAGACCAACACCAUCAAGGAGGCUUCACAACACCUCCAGGAAGACCACCAACAACAUCAAGGAGGCUUCACAAAUCUUCAGGGACUAAAUGA